AUGGCGGAGAUGGCCGAGCUCUGCGAGCUAUUCCAGGGCGCCCCGCUCAGCCCCCGCCCGACGUCCGCGACCAUUCUCCUCGUCCCCAUCUUCGCAGCCACCACCGACCUGCUGAUCUUCCGACCCACACUUUUUUGGCAGCCGGGCCUGGGCCUGGGCCUGGGCCUGGGCCUGGAGGACGAGGCCGAGGAGCUGGACGACUGGGAAGAUGAUUACGACUACCCAGAGGAGGAGCCGCUGAGCGGGGCCGGCUACCGCGUCUCGGCCGCCCUGGAGGAGGCCAACAAGAUGUUCCUGAGAACAUCCCGGGCGCGGGAGGCCGCCCUGGACGGCGGGUUCCAGAUGCACUACGAGAAGACGCCCUUCGAUCAGCUCGCCUUCAUCGAGGAGCUCUUCUCGCUGAUGGUCGUCAACCGCCUGACCGAAGAACUCGGUUGCGACGAGAUGAUUGACAGAGAGUAAAUCCCGGAUGCUGAGACCAGAGGAGGACCCGACCGGAGGAGAGCCCAACAUUCCGCUGUCUUUGGGGUUUAGUCCACACAUCGUUCUGUGCCAAUGAAAACACUCGAUCUCCAAACAGAAAAGUUGGUUUUUGUUUUUCAGAGUAGAAGGCAAGGACAGUGACUGAACAGUUGUGAAAAAGGAAAAGAAUCCGGAAAGAAAAAGAUCUUAGGACUGUUGACCAGUCUGCUUUCCAAGAACAGCCUGGAACACCCAUGGCUUUGGUUUUGUUAUCGACGUAGAUUGUUUUCCUUGCGUUGGAGAAGAUCUCUUUUAUAUUUGUUUUGCUGUAAAGAUGGUUUUGCAAGAAUAAAUCAUGACCAUUACAUGAGCCCACUGAUCCAAAUUAUGUAAUGAGGCAAAAAAGUAUGUCCAUGAGAUUUCUUUAUUUGGUAGAAAGCCUGUUGAGAAAAGUUUUCAAAUUCUAUUUUGUGAUCUGUCCAAGUCAUACUAAUCAAAGACUAAAUUUGCAGGGUAAAGUGAAUUGAUUAUUCUUCAUAAUCCCAAAAGGAUGAGCAAACUAAAUGCAUCCCAUGUACUGUAUCUUAAAAUGUGUUUCCAAGAGCAUCUGAAAUCCUGUUUAUACAUGUAUCUUGGUCAUUUAUAAAACUGUGAUCUGUACUUCAGGAAAAUCCAUUGUCAUAGCUAUGGAAUUUUAGAAGUCACAAACUAAGAUGUCUUUUUAGAAAGUUUCAAAUGUAGACAUGAAAAUGUAUGAGGAAGUACAAAGAAGACAAGUUAUUUCUAACACCCUGAUAUUCUAAGGAAAUUAUGUUUUGCUUGCUGUUUUUCAUUUAACGACAUAUGAAAGACUUUAGCUGAACUUCGUAUUGUAAGAACUGUUAGUGAAAAUUGUCAGUAGGAAAGCCCUAUAUCUCAAAAAGCUAUGAAAAAAUUAUGUUGACUGUUGAAGAUUUUAAACCUGUCCAGAAA